AUGCCGAAGCACAAGCAUUUGCUGAGUGCCAAGAAGCAUACAGGGAAGAAGAAGCAGCCCGAGGUCAUUGAAACUGCCAACGAAUUUCUUGCAGUCGGUGUCGAUUUUGAAGAAGCUGGAGAGAAAUGGCGGGCUGGAGAUGCUGCCAAGUCUUUGAGGUUCUUCGUCCGUGCAAUUGAUACCUACGAUGCCGGACUUCGGAAUUUCCCCCUGUCUUUUGACCUAUCAUAUAACAAGGCUCGGCUGCAGUACGAAGUUGCUCAGCAACCUCGAUUACUCGAGUACUUACCCACUCCACUAAUUGAACUCUUGCAAACAACUCUCGACUCUCAUAGGCGAGCACUGACAAUCGACCAAGAUAAUGCUGAUCUUCUCUUCAAUACGGCUCAGGUACUGACAAGUCUGGCUGAAGCCAUUAGUGAAGGCAAGAAACCGACAGGAUCUCGAGGCGAUGCACUUCGUCUAUUUCAAGAAUCCUUAGAGCUCUUUCAACGGUGUCUCAACAUCCAAGAAUUCAAGCAUACUCAAGAUCAAAAGAGUGACGCACAAGAAGCACAGUUGCCUAAUGCUGACAGUGCUAGUGUGGAUAACAUUAGUAGUGCUGCCUCCAAUGCGUCGGAGGAAGAAGUCUGGGCCUCCGUGGAAGAGCCGGUCACGAAAGACGCACUAUGCGAUACUACUAUAGCACAACUAGAUACCCUGACAGCGGUUUGUAGUCUGGCUCCUUCUCACGCCGACCUUGCAUGGGUGGAAGGAAAUUACCUCACCACGCUGAAAGAUAAGGUAUCAUUGUAUGUCGAUGGUUCAAGUCGUCACCACGAAGCUGCGCUUGCACAAGCAAGGUUUACUUGCGCACUAUCUGACGCAGCCUUUCGAGGUGGACGACUUGAUCUGCCUACCUAUGAGACGGAACUGAACGCUGCAUUCACCAGUCUGGAUCUCGACCUUUCGAAUGAUCCUCCGAGUCUUUGCGACAAAGCAGACGCAGAACUGGCGUUCAUCGCGAGUGUUCAAGCCGCUGUUCAACAAGCACAGUCCUCUGAGCUGGCCCAAAUAAGCAGCAUAUGCUGGAAGCACAUAACCAAAGCGCUCGACAGCCUCACCGAUGCUUCGAAGCUCCCUGAUGCCCAGAAUCUUCCACGCAUCCACAUUCGACGAGGAGAUUGCGAACUACUGCGGAUGCAAUUGGGUGACGCGCCUCUGUAUUAUGAUCUCGCUGUCAAGAGUGCUCCGACACUGCUCAAGAACGCGGAAGUAUAUUUCCGUGGUGCAGCAAAUCUAGGAAAGAGGGACGCGGGUAACGAAGAAGAGCAGAACGAAGCAGAGGUCAAACAGUCGAUUAUGGCAGGACUGGCGGGUGAUACAGAAAAGAUUUCGUUGUUGGUAAAGGCUCGAAGACAUCUUGUAGAGUCAAUUGUGGAGGAGAUGAGAGAUGACGGCUUGUUGGGCGAGAAAAGUUUGCAGAAAAUAGGAAGCAUGUUCGCAUGA